UAAUAGCAUGUCGUCCUACGGCGGUGUCCAAAAUAUAUAUAAGCAGGAACAUAGUUGGCUUCUCAGAAGUACUAGUUGUAAUUCCGAUCUCUACGCACUUAAAAAUGUUGAAGUUAUUCCUUAUCCUCUUCGUCGCCGCAACCGCGAUGGCUGAUUUCGAAAACAUUCGCAAAGUUCGCUCUCCAGGUGGCAGUGGUUGGCAAGGAAGCAACUACAGUCCGCUAUCCGGUGGAAUGACCCGAUCUGCUGGAAGCUGGAAUAGUGCAUCUGGUUUUGGACGCUCUACGGGGGGUUGGGGAAAUUCUGACGGUUACGGUGCGAGAUCGAGCUACAAAUCUAACGGGCACAAUUCCAACGGCAUCUCGAGUAGAUCUGGUUACGGUUCUGAAAAUAUUCGUAAUUCAAAUACUUGGGAUGAUUCUGGAGCCGACGUUUACUCCUGGUGAAAUUAUUAAUGACUUGUAUCGAGACAGAAUUAUAUACUGUGUACCAAGAUAAUGAUAUUAAUGAUAUGAUGAUUAUUUUAGGAUAAAUAAUAAAAUU